GAGUUUUGCUCUUGUUGCCCAGGCUGGAGCACAAUGGUGCGAUAUUGGCUCCCUGCAACCUGCGCACCAUGAGUUCAAGUGAUUCUCCAGCGCCCUCUCCUGAGUAGCUGCGAUUACAGGCAUCCACCACCAUGCCUGGCUAAUUUUUUGUAUUUUUAGUAGAGAUGGGGUUUCACCAGGUUGUCCAGGCUGGUCUCAAACUCCUGACCUCAAGUGAUCCACCCACUUUGGCCUCCCAAAGUGCUGGGAUUACAGGCAUGAGCCACUGAGCCCAGCCAGGAACCCACAGGUUUUUUGGAUGGUCUCUGAAUGUCAUGUAACUCUUUUAUUUUUUAUCAAAAAAAAAAUUUUGACACAAUAUCUUGCUGUGUUGCCCAGACUGGAGUGCAGUGGCAAGAUCAUGGCUCACUGCAGCUUCUAACUCCUGGGCUCAAGUGAUCUUCCUGUCACAUGAGUCUCCCAAGUAGUUGGAACACAGGUGCCAGCCACCACACCUGGCUAAUUUGGUUUGGUCUUGGUUUUUUAGACGUGGGCUCUUGCUAUGUUGCCUAUACUGGUCUUGAACUGCUGGCCUCAGGCAAUCUUCCUCCCUUGGCCACCCAAAGUGCUGGGAUUACAAGCAUGAGCCACUGUGCACAGCUGAAAUUUUUCGACUUAGUCUUUUUGUACACGUGAUAUUUUAUUCAUAGAAUCCAUAAAUGGAAGGGAAAUUUCUGAGUUCAGAGCAAUACAUAUGAUACAAAACUUGAUAUAUAGACCAGAGUUUCUUAGCCGAACUGGAGGGGCUGGCUUAGGUAAUCCAUGGACUCCCUGAAAUUGGGGACAACAUUGGAAAUAUGUGUGAGCUCAGGGACAGUUUCCUAUGAUUUUUAGGCCUCAAAAUGUCUCUUGGACUCAAAAUUGCCUUAGGGCAGAGGACGUGUGUACCCCCGGUAUAGAAUCUCGGACAGUGAAUGUGAGUAAACAUUCGGCAGAAAAGCUCUGCCAAACUGAGAGCUCUCAUGUAACUUUUUCAUCAAGUCAGUAUUCCUGGGAUCUCUUGUACAUGAUAAUCUCACUCUUGUACAUGAUAAUCUCACUCUUGUACAUGAUAAUCUCACUCUUAUAAGGUUUCAUCGUUUCUGCUUACCCUAGUUUUCUUUCCCACUCUGUUCCCUCUCCCACCAGACUGGACUCUGAAAUGGGCAUGUACAGAGACGAAGAGACCCCAACAUGCUUCAGGCUUUGAGUGGAGAGGACACAGCCACUGCUGGGACAGGGAACAGAGGGAUGUGGAGUCCCUGAAGAUGCUUUUGGACAAUGGUCUGAGGUUGGGACAGUGGCAGGAGAUACCAUUCACCCAGGAUCUCCAGGACAAGAGAUCAGAAUGGCAGUUACAUGUGUUUUUUUUCAAACUGGUUGCCAGGUUGGCAUGAGCCAUGACAUCAGAGAUUCCGACCUUCCUGAUUGGAGGGACCGGACUCCGUGGUGCCUGGAGUGUCCAGAAGAAGGCCAUGGACAGAACGGAGACUAGGUUCCGUAAGAGGGGACAGAUUACAGGAAAGAUCACGACCAGCCGUCAACCGCACCCCCAGAAUGAGCAGAGUCCCCAGCGGAGCACCUCGGGGUACCCCCUCCAGGAGGUGGUGGAUGAUGAAGUGUUGGGACCACCAGCCCCUGGGGUAGAUCCCAGCCCCCCAUGUAGGUCCCUUGGCUGGAAAAGGAAGAGGGAGUGGUCAGAUGAAUCUGAGGAGGAGCCGGAGAAGGAGCUCGCCCCUGAGCCUGAGGAGACCUGGGUAGUGGAGACGCUGUGUGGGCUCAAGAUGAAGCUGAAGCAACUGCGAGUGUCACCCAUCCUCCCUGAGCACCACAAGGACUUCAACAGUCAGCUUGCCCCUGGGGUAGAUCCCAGCCCCCUGCAUAGGUCCUUUUGCUGGAAAAGGAAGAGGGAGUGGUGGGACGAAUCUGAGGAGUCGGAGGAGGAGCUACGGAAGGUGCUCGCCCCUGAGCCUGAGGAGAUCUGGGUGGCGGAGAUGCUGUGUGGCCUCAAGAUGAAGCUGAAGCGACGGCGAGUGUCGCUCGUGCUCCCUGAGCACCACGAGGCCUUCAACAGGCUGCUUGAGGAUCCUGUCAUUAAAAGAUUCCUGGCCUGGGACAAAGAUCUGAGGGUGUCGGACAAGUAUCUCCUGGCUAUGGUCAUAGCGUAUUUCAGCCGGGCCGGCCUCCCCUCCUGGCAAUACCAACGCAUUCAUUUCUUCCUGGCUCUCUACCUGGCCAAUGACAUGGAGGAGGACGAUGAGGACUCCAAACAAAACAUCUUCUACUUCCUGUAUGGGAAGACCCGCUCUCGCAUACCCUUGGUCCGUAAGCGUCGGUUCCAGUUAUGCCGUUACAUGAACCCGAGGGCCAGGAAGAACCGCUCUCAGAUAGCCCUGUUCCAGAAACUUCGGUUCCAGUUCUUCUGUUCCAUGAGCGGCAGGGCUUGGGUUUCCCCGGAGGAGUUGGAGGAGGUGAGUGGGGCCUGGGGAGGUGGAGGAGGUGGGGAGGAAUCGGGUGGGCUGGAGGCUGGAUGA